AUGGCUGUACAGGAGCUUCUGGCCUUAAGGUCCUCCAGAGUGGCUGCAUUACUCAAAGAGAAUCCUUGUCAAGAUCUCUCGUAUGUCCUACGCGACAUCCCAGCUGACCCAGAAACGUUUGAGCUUGUAGUAAGAUUCUGCCGUGGCUUUGAGCUCAACCUGUCCACUGACAACAUUGUUCCCCUUUGUUGCCUUGCCCACUACCUGGGGAUGACGGAAAGCCAUAGUGUUGAUAACCUGUUGAAGAAAGCUCUUACCCUCUUUGGGGAGAGGGUACUCCCGAGUUGGAAUGAAUCUGUCAAGGCUCUCCGAGCAUCAGAAAAAGUUGCUAAGCAAGCUAUGCAUCUUGGUUUGGUUGAUGCCUGUUUGGAGUCCAUCAUUGGGAAGGCGCUGGCCGAUCCUCACCUUCUUGGGCAGCCGAUCAGGCCUUGGACGAGUGGUGUUGAUAUUGAGGAUGAUGAGAAUUAUAAGCCAAAUGUGCGGAGGAGGCUCUUUGUUAUUGACUGGGAAUCGGAGAGUCUGUCGACAUUGUCUCUCCGCCUCUACACGCCUAUCAUUGAUGCAAUGGUGAAGCACAAAGUCCCGUCACAGUAUGUGGCCGCCUCGCUUUGUGAGUAUGUGAAGAAGUGGGGCUUCUCGGGCAAUGCAGGAGGGGGAGAGACGUCAAUCUACAAGAGGAACGCUCAGAGGGAGGUCAUUGAAGCGGUGGAGAGGCUUUUCCCUCGUGAAAGAGGGCUUGUUCCAUGCUCAUUAUUGUCUGAAAUGCUCCGCUUUGCUGUUUCCUUGGAAGGUAGCUCCGACUGCAAAAAUGGGCUUGAGAUCAGGAUCGGGACGCAGCUCGAUCAGGCCACCGUCGAAGACCUCCUGAUACCUUCUCAAGGUUAUGCCAAGGAAACUCAAUACGACACCGAGUGUGUGAGGAGGAUUCUGAAGAACUUAUACAGAAAUAACACUAGCCUAGACAUUCCAGGAAUCAUCAAAGUAUCAGAGCUUAUGGAAGAGUUCUUAGUGGAGGUUGCAAGCGAUAUAGACUUGAGGAUAAGCACGUUCGUGUCACUAGCAGAGAUGGCAGCAGUUACAUCACGAGGAACCCGACGAAGCUCCGAUGGAAUGUACAGAGCCAUUGACAUCUACUUGGACAAGCACAAGCAUCUCACGGAGGCUGAGCGGGAGGAGGCGUGCCAAAUGCUGGAUUACCAGAGGAUGUCCCCAGAAGCGCUUGAGCAUGCGGCUCCUACAGCUGCGGGAAACCAUUACGAGGAAGGCUGA